UUAGCCACAAAGCAACUGGAAGCUUCAUCACUUCUCUAAACACUUGCAGAUUUUCUACCCACUAUAUUCCUCCACACAUAUAUAUACACACUAUCAAUGGCUGUCUCAUCUCAGACAAAUAAAACCUACGCAUAAAAAGAGAGAGGAAAAACAAGGAACUGCUUAUCAAACACUUAGCAACUAAGUUUCCCUCGAUACCCUUUUCAUAGAAGAGAGCAAUAAGCAUACUAGAAGCAACAGCAAAAGAGAAGAGAGAGGAAAAUGAGGCAAAUGUUACUACCAUUCCUUUUCAGCUUCUUCUCUCUCUUGCUUUGCUUCCCUGAGACCUCCAAUGCAUCGCUUCUCCCAUUUGUUGAUCGCCCUGGAAGUCUUCUAACUGAUCCCUGGUCAGACCGUUUCCCGGACCCGUUUAGAGUCUUGGAACAGAUACCAUUUGGGAUUGAAAGGGAUGACAGUGUGGAACUCUCCCCAGCCAGAGUAGACUGGAAAGAAACGCCUGAGGGUCAUCUUAUAAUGAUAGAUGUGCCUGGGCUGAAAAAGGAGGAGCUGAAGAUUGAGGUGGAGGAGAAUAGGGUGUUGAGAGUGAGUGGGGAGAGGAAGAAAGAGGAAGAGAAGAAAGGGGAUCACUGGCACAGGGUGGAGAGAUCCUAUGGCAAGUUUUGGAGACAGUUCAGAUUGCCAGACAAUGUGGAUAUGGACUCUGUGAAGGCUAAGCUUGAAAAUGGUGUACUUACUUUGUCUUUCUCCAAGUUGUCUCCUGACAAGAUCAAGGGUCCAAGGGUUGUUAGCAUUGCGGGUGAAGAGAAACCUGAACCAGCUAAGCUCAAAAACAGUGAGGCCAAACAAGAGCUGUAGAUCUUUUAGAGCAGCUAAUACAUGAAAGACUUGAUGAGAUAAAUCUUUUAGUGAGAAUAAGGACUUGUGAUUUCUGUUCUGUUUAUGUUGCAGUGUGUUGUAAAUGUGAUGUCUGCAAAAUUUUCAUAAUCUAAGGUUCUUGCCAGCAGACCAUCAUGUAAGAGUUCAACUUAUUAAUAUCCUAAUCUCUCUUUUGCUCA